AUGAUACAAAUUAUGAAUUUGUUUUCUAUGGUCAUAGGCCUUAUACCAUUCAAUCGUCAGCAAUUGGAUACGAAUGUCGUUUUGGAUUAUGCCAUGAUGGUUGUGGUUCCGGUGCUGUAUUUGGCCUGCUAUUUGGGCAUUAAUUUUAUGCAUGCCUUCGGUCUAAUCUUCUUGGAUUCCUGCAAUAGUGUUUGUCGUCUCAGUAGCAACCUUUUUAUGCAUCUCGGUGCCUUUCUGUAUCUCACAGUAACCAUGAUGAGUAUAUAUCGUCGAAAGCAGUUUUUCAUUGAAUUCGAGGCACGUUUGAAUGAGAUCGAUGACGUCAUUGUGAAGUGUCGACGAGUUGCUGAAUUGGACAAGAUUCGUGUGACAGCUGUGAAACAUAGUGUCACAUAUCAUUUCACUUGGCUAUUUCUCUUCUGCGUAUUUGCCUUUGCCCUCUACUAUGAUAUCAAGGAGUUGUAUAUGACAUUUGGAACCUAUGCCAUUAUACCAUUUAUGGUCUCUAGUUUCCCUUAUAUGGCUGGCAGUAUCAUACAAGGUGAAUUCAUUUACCAUGUCUCUGUGAUAUCGGAGAGAUUCGAGCAGAUAAACACAUUGUUUGAGAAAAUUAAUAAAGAGGCACGACAUCGUCAUGGACCAAUAACCGUUUUUGAUAUCGAGAGCGAGGGUAAGAAGCAGGAUGAGAGGAAAAACACAAACCAAACACUCGAAAGCAAGACGACAAUUGGUAAUGAACAAAAGUUGGCCAACGAAAUGAAACGUCAGAAAGCAGCCAUGGGACAGCAGGGACAAGGACAACAAAAGAACGAUGACGAUGACAUGGACACCAGCAAUGAUGAGGAUGAAGAUGAUUUUGAUUAUGACAAUGGGAGUGUUACCGAGAAUACAGGUAUUACAUCGGAGGCCAAUUUGCCGGAUCUAUUUAAGCUGCACGACAAAAUCCUUUCGCUUAGUGUCCUAACAAAUGGCGAAUUCGGACCACAAUGUGUACCCUAUAUGGCUGCCUGUUUUGUGAUUAGUAUUUUUGGUAUAUUCCUGGAGACCAAGGUCAAUUUCAUAGUGAGUGGCAAGAGUCGUUUGCUCGACUAUGUGACCUAUUUGUAUGUCAUCUGGAGCUUCACCUCCAUGGUGGUGGCCUAUAUCGUUCUGCGGCUCUGUUGUAAUGCCAACAAUCACUCGAAACAGUCGGCCAUGAUUGUCCAUGAGAUAAUGCAAAAGAAACCAGCGUUUAUGCUCAGCAAUGAUUUGUUCUACAACAAAAUGAAAUCAUUCACAUUGCAAUUUCUUCACUGGGAAGGCUAUUUUCAAUUCAAUGGCAUUGGCCUCUUUGCCCUGGAUUAUACGUUCAUCUUUUCGACUGUAAGUGCCGCCACAUCAUAUCUCAUUGUCCUGCUGCAGUUUGAUAUGUCGGCCAUUUUGCGUAACGAGGGCCUGAUGAACUGAAAGCCUCUGACAAUUCAAUUAUGCUGCACUUGAAACAAGUUUAACCAAA